AAGGGAGAGGCGGCAAUGAGAGGGAGAGGAUCUCCCCACCAAUACAAAAAGCCCGAGAGGAAGCAAUCGAGUACCAUCACUCCCAAUCUCAUCUUCUUCUCUCUUAAUUUCUCCUAAGAAGCAGCGGUCCUGUAAUCCACAUCAAUGGCUGCCGCUGCUUUAAGGAGUUUGGUGAAGCAGAAGGCAGGGAUUUCAUCGGACGGUUGCUCGACGACGGUCAGGAAAUUGUUCUCCACCCAAACAGUUCUUGACUCUUCUUCUUCUUCUUCUUCUUCUUCUUUCGCUCAGAGACUUAGAGAUCUGCCUAAGGAUCUUCCUGGAACUAGUGUUAGACGAGAUGCUGCUCAUCUCAUUGGGAAAACUCCAUUGGUAUAUCUUAACAAAGUCACUGAGGGCUGUGGAGCUUACAUAGCUGUUAAGCAAGAAAUGAUGCAGCCUACUUCCAGCAUCAAAGACAGACCGGCCUUCGCGAUGAUCAACGAUGCUGAAAAGAAAGGCCUGAUUACUCCUGGACAGACGACUUUAAUUGAGCCAACGUCGGGAAAUAUGGGCAUCAGUAUGGCAUUUAUGGCUACCCUGAAAGGCUACAAAAUGGUUCUAACCAUGCCUUCUUAUACAAGCUUGGAGAGGAGAGUUACAAUGAGAGCAUUUGGAGCUGAGUUGAUUUUAACGGAUCCAACUAAAGGCAUGGGAGGUACUGUCAAAAAGGCUUAUGAUCUUUUGGAAUCCACACCUAAUGGUUUCAUGCUCCAACAAUUCUCAAACCCUGCCAAUACUCAGGUGCAUUUUGAAACCACUGGGCCUGAGAUUUGGGAGGAUACAAAUGGACUAGUUGAUAUUUUUGUGAUGGGAAUAGGCAGUGGAGGGACUGUCUCUGGAGUAGGACAGUAUUUGAAAUCCCGAAAUCCCAAUGUUAAGAUUUAUGGAGUGGAGCCAGCUGAAAGUAAUAUACUGAAUGGUGGUAAACCAGGUCCUCAUCAUAUUACUGGCAAUGGGGUUGGAUUCAAGCCAGACAUAUUGGAUAUGGAUGUUAUGGAUAAAGUUCUUGAAGUAAGCAGUGAAGAUGCUGUAAACAUGGCUAGGGAACUAGCAGUAAAGGAAGGACUAAUGGUGGGAAUAUCAUCCGGAGCCAAUACCGUCGCUGCGCUCAGACUUGCGAAAUUACCCGAAAACAAAGGCAAACUUAUUGUGACCGUUCAUCCAAGUUUUGGGGAGAGAUAUUUGUCAUCUGUUCUGUUCCAAGAACUGAGGAAAGAAGCUGAGAACAUGCAACCAGUCUCAGUUGAUUGAGUCAAUUAUGGUAGUUGACUUUGAUGUUUCCAUAUGAUGGGGAAAUUACAAAUUCAUCCAAGCUUAUGUUAGAUGAAAGUUUGUGGUUCAUCUUGUAUUUGCUUGAAUAAUUUUCCCUAGAAAGUGCAUUUGUGAGAUGUCUCUUGUAAGUUGUAAUCUCUAUAGACUAAUAAUGUGAAAUGGCAAAGUUUAAUUCCCCUCAUCAA